AUGAUAUUAACAUUUGAGCGUUUGGACAAGGUGGCUCUUCUUACGUUGGCGACAGUCACUGCGUUGAAUUAUCAGUUUUCCAAUUAUAACCUGACAUUUUUAAUGCCAGUAGAGCUCUACACACAUUUCCCGGCAAUUAUCCAUCAGGAACUUUUCCCGCCAACUCGGAGCAUUGACAAGUUGAUUCCAGGAAUUGAGCAUUCAGCUUCCACUCUGAGGCUACCAAACUCUGGACAAAUAUUCUGCUUUGUUGAGACUUCUGAACGUUACUAUAAUGACCGUGUUCCUUCCAUAGCAGCUACGUGGCUGCGGAGAUGUGACAACGGGCGGUUCUUCUCAAAAACUCCGCUUCCGAGCGCCAACAUGACGUAUUCCACGGUUUAUAAAAAUCUAGAAGACUCAUUUUUCGAUUUGUUUCGAAAAUCCAUAUUUGGAUUCUACUACUCUUAUAUGCACAUUUCAAACUCCUUUGAUUGGUACUUAAAGGCAGAUGAUGAUACAUAUUUUGCAAUGGAUCACUUGAGGGAGUACCUGAACACUUUAGACCCUUCGAAGCCAUUAUAUCUAGGAUACGUGAUAAAAUCUGGUCUUAAAAACGGUUACAACUCCGGUGGAGCCGGUUAUAUCCUUUCCAACGCUGCAGUGAAGAUUUUUGUGGAGAAAUUGUACCACGAUGAGUACGGGUGUCCUUAUGAUUGGGCAGAGGAUCGUGGAAUGGGAAGGUGUCUGGCAAGAGUGGGAAUCUAUCCAACUGACACCAGAGAUGACAAGGGAUUCAAUCGGUUCAUGCCGUAUAGGCCGAGUGAGCAGGCUGCAGUUGAGGCCGGGCAAUUCUCAUCUCAAAAAUUCGUCUCUCUUCACCGGUUUCCACAGGACACGAUGCUUUUACUGGAUGAGCUUCUACAUCCAGAAUUGAGGAAAAAUGAUACUAAUCCUGUAGUUGUGAAUUAUGAUUUUUUUCGAUAUUGA